CGUGGUUGUCACACAUGCGAAAACAAUUUUGGUUUGUUGGACAUCACCCUGGGAAGGACAUGGAGAUCAAAAUUGGACUGUUGGUGUUUGUGGGAAUUAUUAGUUUUGUUGCGGCAGAAAUUCCGCAAUUCAAGACUGGAACUUUCGAGCAAACAGUUGAUCAUUUCAAUUUCAUUCAGAGUGGCACUUUCAAACAGCGCUAUCUUUACACUGAAAAAUACUGGGAUGGCAAAGGCCCUAUAUUCUUCUACAGUGGCAACGAGGGGGGCAUUACAGGUUUUUGGGAGAACUCAGGUUUUGUAUUUGAGGCAGCAAAGAACUUCAGUGCUUUAGUGAUAUUUGGAGAGCAUAGAUAUUAUGGAGAGUCCCUUCCGUUUGGCCAGGACUCAUUCAAGAUAGAGAACAUUGGAUACCUGAGCAUAGAGCAGGCGCUGGCAGACUUUGCUACCUUGAUUCCUGCUCUUAAAAAGCAGUUCAAAGCUGAAGAAAAGCCAGUAGUCUCAUUUGGUGGCAGCUAUGGCGGGAUGCUAAGUGCCUACCUGCGGUUCAAGUACCCAAAUGUCAUCCAAGCUGCUUUGGCUGCCAGUGCACCUAUAUAUUUUAUAGCUGAUCUUUCCAUCAGAGACUUUUUCUUUCCAGCUGUUACCAGGGAUUUCAAAAAUGCUGACCCUAAAUGCCCUGAUUUAGUUAGAGCUGGAUUCAUUGAGCUGGAUAAUUUGAAAAAAGAAGGGCUUAAAGGUCUUGAUGCAAUUUCCAAAGCGUUCAAGCUGUGCAAGCCACUUAAAUCAGCUGACCAGAUAAACCACCUUAUUGGCUGGAUCAGAAAUGCCUUCACCAUCAUAGCAAUGUGCGACUACCCAUAUGCUACUGACUUCCUGGCUCCUUUACCUGCAAAUCCUGUGAAUUACGCCUGUAAGCUACUAGCCACUGCCUCGGACAGACUGUCAGGGCUUGCAGAUGCUGCUGGUUUGGCUUAUAAUGGGACAAGUGGUACCUUAAAAUGCUUUGACCCUUGGACAGAGUUUGUAGAGUGUGCGGACCCAACAGGGUGUGGUCUUGGCAAUGCUAACCUUGCCUGGGAUUAUCAGGCCUGCACAGAGCUCCCAAUGCCUGCUGGGACCAAUAAUGUGACCGACAUGUUCCCUGUGUUGCCAUGGACACUUGAUAUGAGAGCUGACUAUUGCCAGAAGCAUUGGCAAGUCAAGCCUCGUCUAGAAUGGCCUGGAAUCUCACUUUGGGGCAGAGAUAUCAGCACAGCUUCAAACAUUAUAUUCUCGAAUGGCAACUUGGAUCCUUGGAGACCUGGUGGGGUGCUUAAGUCAGUUUCGCCAAGCUUGGUUGCUGUGCUUGUUGAAGGUGGAGCCCAUCAUUUGGACCUUAGAUCUUCUAACCCAGAAGAUCCGCCUUCAGUGGUCGCGGCUCGUGAAAUGGAAUUAGAACUUAUCAGAAAAUGGAUUUCCUAAUGAAAACAAAUAACUUUUUCUUUGUUUCUCGCCAAGGGAACGCCAUUCAAAUUUGGUAUAAAUUAACAUUCGUAGGCUAAAACAACUAACAAUUAUACAGUAUUAGGUUUGUAAAACACAACGAUUACAAGAAUAAAAGAAAUGGAACAUUGUA